GCUUGGGCUCUGCGGGCGGAGCGACCCUGGGCCGCGUCCGGGCCGCGGUCCCGGAAGCAGGAAGCGGUCAGCCCGUCCUCCUCUCCCGGCGGCCGCUGUCCCCCCCGGCGGGAGGAGCCCGAGGGGGCGCGGGCUCGCAUUGAUCCUGCCUGUGCCCUUGCGGUUUAAGCCACUGCUCUGAACGCCCCUCUGUGGCAAAGCUCACUUCUGCCAGAGUUGGAUGCUCUUGCUGGAGGUGGCAGCAUCCUCUUACUGAAAGUAUGUUUGUACCAUGUCAGUGCUUUGUGAGGUUAAAAGCACUUUGGGAAUGAAGUACAUGAGAUAAGAAGACCUUCUGCCUUAAAAAAAGAAAAACAGAAGAAGAGAGCAUAUAUUGGAUUUUGUAUUCGAAGACAUGGAUCUUGCUGCCAAUGAGCUCAGCAUUUAUGACAAACUCUCAGAGACUGUUGACUUGGUGAGACAGACAGGCCAUCAGUGUGGCAUGUCUGAGAAGGCAAUAGAAAAAUUUAUCAGACAGCUGCUGGAAAAGAACGAACCUCAGAGGGGGCCGCCCCAGUAUCCUCUCCUUAUAACUGUGUAUAAGGUCCUUGUAACCCUGGGAUUAAUCUUGCUCACUGCCUACUUUGUGAUUCAGCCUUUCAGCGCCUUAGCACCUGAGCCGGUGCUUUCUGGACCUCACGCCUGGCGCUCACUCAUCCAUCACAUUCGGCUGAUGUCUUUACCCAUUACCAAGAAGUACAUGCCAGAGAAUAAGGGCAUGCCUCUGCCUGGGGGUGAUGAAGACAGAACCAUUCCAGCCCAUCCUCCCUCAGACAUUGACCCCUGGUGGACCAACAGCUGUGAGCAAAAUGAGUCAGACCCUAUCCCGGCCAACUGCACCGGCUGCACCCAGAAGUUACCUCUCCAGGUCGUGCUCCUGGGGGAUGCCCCACAGAAAUUUGAGAGGCUGCAUCCUCUGGUGAUCAAGACAGCACAACCCCUGUCACCUGAAGAGAUCCAGCACGUCUCAUGCCAAUACCCGGAGGCCAUGGAAGGCUUUGCAGAAGGGUUUUUUACCAAGUGGUGGCGCUGCUUCCCAGAGCGCUGGUUCCCAUUCCCAUAUCCCUGGAGAAGUCUGCUGAACAGAUCACAAGUUUUGCAUGAGCUUUUUCCUGUUUUCAAGCACCUGCCAUUUCCAAAAGAUGCCUCCUUAAAAAAAUGUUUUCUUCUUCACCCUGAACCUGUAACGGGGAGUAAGAUGCACAGGAUGCAUGACCUGUUCACCGUUGGCAGUGGGGAGGCCAUGCUGCAGCUCAUCCCUCCCUUCCAUUGCCGAAGACACUGUCAGUCCGUGGCCAUGCCAGUAGAGGCGGGGGAUAUCGGCUAUGCCAGCGCCUCCCACUGGAAGGUCUACAUUGUAGCCAGAGGAGUGCAGCCUUUGAUCGUCUGCGAUGGAACCACUCUGCCAGAACCAUAGGAAACAGAAUUCUAUAUGGAACGGAAUGGCUUUGAGAGCUGACAACCAGAUUGCAAGAGGAGAAAUAAAACUGCAAAUGCUGACAC